AUGAAUCAGAGUGGCCCUCCCCCACCUCCACGCUCUCACAACAUGCCUUCAGAUGGAAUGGUAGGUGGGGGUCCUCCUGCACCACACAUGCAGAACCAGAUGAACGGCCAGAUGCCUGGACCUAAUCAUAUGCCUAUGCAGGGACCUGGACCCAAUCAACUCAAUAUGACAAAUAGUUCUAUGAAUAUGCCUUCAAGUAACCAUGGAUCCAUGGGAGGUUACAACCAUUCCGUGCCAUCAUCACAGAGUAUGCCCGUACAGAAUCAGAUGACAAUGAGUCAAGGACAACUUAUGGGAAACUAUGGCCCCAGGCCAAAUAUGAAUAUGCAACCAAACCAAGGCCCGAUGAUGCAUCAGCAGCCUCCUUCUCAGCAAUACAAUAUGCCACAGGGAGGCGGGCAGCAUUACCAAGGACAGCAACCACCUAUGGGGAUGAUGGGUCAAGUUAACCAAGGCAGUCACAUGAUGGGUCAGAGACAGAUUCCUCCCUAUAGACCACCUCAACAGGGCCCAUCACAGCAGUACUCAGGCCAGGAAGACUAUUAUGGGGACCAAUACAGUCAUGGUGGACAAGGUCCUCCAGAAGGCAUGAACCAGCAAUAUUACCCUGAUGGUAAUCUCUCCUAAUGUUCACUUUCCCAUUUUUCUAUCCCUGCCCAGUAUUAAUGUAGAGAGCUAUUCA